AUGGAGAAAUCCAUGGCCGCGACGUGCAUCGCGCUCCUUCUGCUGGCCACCAUCGCCCUCUACUGCGACGCCGCCGGCCCCCCGGCCCCCGCCAGUGACACUCUCUUCACCAACAAGCAGCUCCGCUCCAACGAGGAGCUGCGAUCCAACAACAGCUUCUUCGUCUUCAAGGUCCAGAGCGAUUGCAACAUGGUGCUGACGCGGGUCUCGGAUUCCAGCGUGCUGUGGUCGUCCGGGACGGGCGGAAAGGCGGCCGGGUGCUGGGUGACGAUGCAAGGCGAUGGGAAUUUGGUGCUCUACUCCAACCAGAACAACGCCGUGUGGAUGAGCAAGACGGCGCGCAAGGAGGAUCUCUACACGCUGAUGGUGCAGGACGAUGGGAAUGCCGUGAUCUACACCGCCUCCCACGUCGCGAUUUGGUCCACCAGUUACGAUUGA